AAACUAGGGAAAAAACAAAUCCUUUGAAGUUUGAACCCGUCUAAAUUAGUUUAUUGGGUUGUGAAUAAAAUUCUUUUCACGAAAUUAGGGUAAAAAAAAGUGAUUACGUGGGAAGGAAGGCAACUUAUUUAUAAACAAGGAAGGCGCAUUGUUUGCUUCUUCUUCUUCUUCAUCGUCGUUUUGUAUGCUACGUGGAUGAGUAAAAAUGGCGGAGGACUCGGACACGGAGUCGGUGAUAGUGAACGUAAACGGAGAGGACAACAAGUCGGCGUUGUUCGGGAAAUACGAACUAGGGAAGCUCCUGGGGAUGGGAGCCUUCGCAAAGGUGUACCAGGCGGUGGACGUCCGCACCGGAGAAGGCGUGGCCAUUAAGGUCGUCAACAAGAAGCGACUCAAGGAAGGGUUGACGGCUCACGUUAAGCGCGAGAUCUCUGUCAUGCGCCGCCUCCGUCACCCUCAAAUCGUCCGCCUCUCCGAGGUCCUCGCCACCAAGUCCAAGAUCUACUUCGUCAUGGAGCUCGCCUUGGGUGGCGAGCUCUUCUCUAGGGUCUCCAGCCACCGCUUCACCGAAAAUCUCAGCCGCAAAUACUUCCGCCAGCUCAUCUCCGCCGUCAGGUACUGCCACGCCAGAGGGGUUUUCCACCGCGAUCUCAAGCCGGAGAAUCUCCUCCUCGACGAGAAUCGCGACCUCAAGGUGUCGGAUUUCGGCCUAAGCGCCAUGAAGGAGCAGAUUCAGUCCGACGGAAUGCUCCAUACCCUCUGCGGGACGCCUGCCUACGUGGCGCCGGAGCUCCUCAUGAAGAACGGCUACGACGGAGCCAAGGCCGACAUAUGGUCGUGCGGCGUCGUUUUGUUCCUCCUCAACGCUGGUUACCUGCCCUUCUCUGACCCCAACAUCAUGGGCCUCUACCGCAAGAUCCACAAGGCCCGAUACAAAGUCCCCGACUGGACCUCCCCCGAUCUCCGCCGUUUGCUUCGCCGUCUCCUUUACCCCGACCCCGAUCGCAGAAUUUCCGUCGACCAGAUUCUCCAGGAUCCCUGGUUCAACGAAGGAAUUGAUCCCAUCGAUAUCAUCAGAACUCAGACCGACGAUCACGAUCUCGAAGAGCACGCCAAUAAUCUCAACGCUUUCGAUCUGAUUUCGUCUUCUUCUUCUGCGAAUCUCUCCGGUCUCUUCAACAAUUUCGUGACGCCGGACCACUGCGACCAGUUCGUCUCAGACGAGGCACCUCCGGAGAUUCUGGGGAAGGUGGAGUCUUUGGCGAAGCAGUUAAAUCUGAGGAUCGUGAAGAAGACGGAGAGGGCAAUGAAGCUGGAAGGGCCCAUCGGAGUGGUCAACGUCGUGGUCAAACUUCACCGGCUAACGGACGAGCUGGUCAUGGUCGAGAUCAAGAACAAGCAGAGAGAAGGGCUCGUUUGGGCCGAUGCGCUCAGACAAAAGCUUCGCCGUUUGGUUAACCAACCGGUCUAUCGGGUUCCCCAGUAAACCGUGAGGGAAAUUUCCCGGUUUACGAUUCUAAUUGAAUGAGAGGUCCGGUUUAUUCUUGGUCCGCCCGAUGAUGGUUCGAUUCAAUUUUUUUUUUUAAUUAUUUAUUAAGCAGAGAGAGAGAGAGGCAAAUGAUAAAAUGAUAUGUAGUGCUUGUUGCUUUGCUUAGUGUAUUCGGGUGGAUAUUCAUGUCACCUUUUUUUUUUACCACGUACGUGUAUAUAAUGUAUUGUCAAAGGUAUCUCGAA